AUGGCUUCAAACUCAAUCAAACUCUAUUUGCUGUUGAUCCUUGCUUUAGUCACAUGCUCAAAAGCUGAAUUAGGAGAGCUCAAGGAAACAAGCAUGACCAUAUAUUUCCAAGAUCAAUAUGGAGGGCCAAAUGCCACUGUAGCCCAAAUCCUACCGGAAAAUCCAGACGGCCAUCUUAGUUUCAAAAAGUUUGGGGCCAUUUUUUGCACCGACGAUCUCGUAACAGAAGGCUUUGAUGUAAGUUCAACCCAGGUUGCAAGGGCCCAAGGUGUGUAUAUAACCUCAGCAUUAGAUGGUUCUAAUACUCAUGUUCUGGUAUCAAUUGUCUUCAAUAAUGGUGAAUUCAAGGGCAGCACAUUGGGGGUACAAGGUGCUAGUGCUCAGUUUGAGAGGGUGAGGGAGGUGGCCGUCGUCGGCGGCACCGGAAAAUUCCGGUUUGCUCGUGGAUAUGUUACUUUUGAGACUAUUCACAUCAACUCAGCAGCUAACCUUGCAGUUAUUCAGUGCAACAUCACAGUGUUACAUUACUAA